AUGACCAAAGACGAGCCAGUACCGUACCUCAACGAUGAGGUUCCUGUAGCGGCAGAGACAGCAUCCAAGCCUGAUGGCCCUGCGCCAGCAGUACAAGAAUUCACAAAAGAGGCAGCGACCACCAAUGGAGGCAGCACCAUAGAGACAGACGCUAUAGUGAUCGGGGCUGGCUUUUCUGGUAUCACUGCGAUACAUCGACUACGUAAGAUUGGAUUCAAGGUAAAAUGUUUCGAAUCUGGGGAGAACUUUGGCGGUGUUUGGUACUGGAACAGAUACCCGGGCGCUAGGGUUGACUCCGAAGCUCCCUUCUACCAGUUGAACAUCGAAGAAGUAUUCAAAACUUGGGACUUCACUGAACGUUUCCCUGACCAUCACGAAUUGAGGAGGUAUAUGGCGCACAUUGACAAGACCCUCGAUCUCAGAAAAGACACCUACUUCAACGCCCGAGUGAAUGAUGCGUCGUGGGAUGAGAGCGCAGGCAAAUGGACAAUCAAAACCCAGCAGGGACAUGUCGCCACAGGAAAGUAUCUGAUACUUUGCAGCGGCCUGCUGCACCGCACAUACACUCCCGACUUUCCCGGAUUGCGUGACUACAAAGGAGAGAUCUAUCAUUCUGGAGCAUGGCCAGAGGACUGGAGCGCUAAGGGAAAGAAGGUCGGCCUCAUCGGUGCAGGAGCUACGGCCGUCCAAAUUACCCAAGAGCUCGGCAAGCAGGCAGAUGAACUCACGGUAUUCCUGCGGCGGCCGAGCUACAAUCUGCCCAUGAAGCAGCGUUCAAUGACACCCGACGAACAGAAGUACAUGAAGCAUCUCUAUCCUGCUCUUUUCGCCGCGGGUCGCGACUCACGAGCUGGUUUUCCGGCGGUCCCAAAUCCCAAAAGCAUGGGUGAAGCAACGCCAGAAGAGCGAGAGCGACACUUCAAUGAGAAAUGGGACCUUGGAGGCUUCAACUUCUCAUUGGGUGCAUAUACCGACAGCGUUAUCUCUCCGGAGUCGAACAAGGUUGUCUACGAUUACUGGCGCAAGCGUGUCUGCGAGAGGCUCAAAGACCCCGAGAAGCAAAAGAUCAUGGCUCCGGAGAAGAUGCCGUACUACUUCGCCACGAAGCGAAAUCCCCUGGAGCAAGACUAUUACGAGGUCAUUGAUCAGCACAAUGUGCACCUGCAUGACCUCGGUGCCGCUGCAUUGAAGAGCUUCACGGAGAAAGGCAUGGUUAUGGAAGACGGCAAGGAGUAUGAGUUUGAUGCGGUGGUUUUUGCCACGGGUUUCGACUCCUUUACUGGAUCGUUAACACAGAUGGGUCUCAAGAACAAGGACGGCGUGGACAUCAAGGAGCUGUGGGAACCUGGCGUCCGGACCUAUUUGGGCAUCACAAUCGCAACAUAUCCGAACCUUUUUCUGAGCUAUACACCCCAAGCACCUACAGCGCUCUCAAAUGGCCCCACGAUCAUCGAAGCACAGGUUGAGAUGGCCGUCGAUAUCAUCAAGAAGCUGGAAGCUGAGGGAGCCAAGUCCAUUGAACCAACAGCAGAGGCGGAGGAAGAGUGGAAGAACACGUGUGAUUCGAUGAUACCUUUCACACUCUUCGGGCAAACAGACUCCUGGUGGAACGCAUCGAACAUACCCGGAAAGAAAGCUCAGAACCUGACCUAUAUUGCGGGAAUCAACAACUACGAGGCUCAGUGCCGUGCCACGUUCGAUGGAUGGAAGGGAUUCGUUGUGAAAGCUUGA